UCGUUUAGUUUGUGUGGGUUGACAAAUAAUUAGUAACACGAAGUAAAUAGAAUCCAAGCAAAACCAUGGCUUACUUGACGCAGCCUGAUUACGUGAAGUACAAGUGUUCCUGCGGUCAACUGAAGCCUAUCACAAGUCUUUACUUCUGUCGACACUGCUUGAAAAUACGCUGCGGAUUCUGCAUUUGUCAUGAGGUGGACUCCCACUACUGCGCCUACUGCCUCGAAAACAUGCCAUCCUCCGAAGCCCGUUUAAAAAAGAACCGUUGCAGCAGUUGCUUCGACUGCCCCAGCUGUUUCCACACCCUCUCUACCCGGGCCACACUAGCCCAGCCUCGGCAGGACCCGGCGGCAGGGGCCGGGGGUGACGGGAAGGUUGGGGACGGGAAGCAGGCGAAGAGGGUGUAUUAUCUGUCCUGCUUUAACUGCAGGUGGACGGCUCGGGAUGUGGGGAUUCCAGAUCAACCUGUGGCAUCGGGUGGAUGGCCAGAGCGCACCAGCCCACACGCAACUCGAGUCAACCAACUGCUCGACUACUACAAGGCUGUACUGCAUCAAGAGAAACAAGAGAAGAUAGAGAGGGAGAGGAAGAAGUUCGCCGUGAGAGGGAAAUACAUCACACUCACUGACAAGACGGGCCUCACAGGUGCCAUGGCUCGUAGCAUCGCAGGUCUACCUCCAGCAGAGGGUUCUAGUCUCGCCUUAGCCGGGUUCACCCCAGCUGUCGCUAGUGAGGAAGUUGAUGAUCUGCCAGAAGACGCCUUUACUAAGGAUGUCAACUUGAAUCAGAUAACGAGUAUGCCACAACGCCUGGCCGCGCCCGAAUGGCAGCCGACUCAGGUCUCUCGCCUACAUCCCAUCGCCAAACUUCUCAGUGUGAAGCGAUCCCAACGGUGCCGAGCGUGCGACCACAACCUUACCAAGCCCGAGUACAACCCUGGAUCUAUCAAGUUCAAGAUAGAACUGCUGGCAUACUACCACGUGCCUGAAGUAAAAAUAAUCUCCUGCGAGAUCGUCCGUCCGGGGGGUAAGUCCACCUUACUCCUGAAGCUGACCAACCCGACGCCUCACGAGAUGACCUUGAGGCUGCUGGAGCCUUCCGAGGUCCCUGCUGAGGACAGGGUGGAUAAGGACACCAGUCUGGAGAAGAGUUUGGAUAAGAGCCUGAAGAUUGAGAAGCAUGAACCAAGCUGGAACCCAAAAGAGCCUCCUACAGUGUUAACUCAAAUUACACCGCCCGCUGUGACGCUCACGCUCGCGCCCAGAGAUGACGCAGCCGAAUAUGAUGAUGACGCUCGACAUGAACCCAGCCAAGAGCCAACAGUGACGCAGUUCACCCCUCCCGCUGUGACGCUCACGCUCGCUCCAAGAGAUGACGCAGCCGAAUAUGAUGAUGACGCACGACAUGAACCCAGCCACAUAAUACUUUGGCGUAAGUCCAACAAGCUCGCCCUGCGACUCGACCUGACCACUGACUCUACCGCGCUAGAGGGCGCCCCGGCGCAGACCGCCCUAGCGGUGGAGUACUCGUACCGCAACACCGUGCCGCAGCCCGGGGCUCCGCAGAACAGGGACCACACGCUCUACGCUGUACUGUAUCUGGAUCUGGGCACUGUGGGCUCGGCUGGCCUUUAA